AUGAUUAUUUCUCGACAUCCGCAAAUCCUUCUUUCUUACAACAUUCACACAUCACCACUCACUAAAGGAUCUCGGAGACCAUGGCAGACUCCAUGAUAGACGAGUAUCUGAUCUACUGCACCGCUUCCAGCGGUCCCAAAGACGACGGCACGAUCUCGGUCGGCAAGUUUAACUCUGGGCUCUCGACGGUCAAGACGUUCAAGCAAUCUGGAUCGUUCAGUAACCGGGUCGUAGUCAACGAGUCUGUGGUGCUGGCUGCGCAGGCAAAGAAAGCGAUUAUCAACGUCUACUCGUAUGCAAAGGACGGGCCGGUGCAGAAACUGUUUGUGCCGGACAAGCUCAGCUGUCUUGCUGCUACUCACAGUGGAAAGUUUUUGGUGGCUGGGACUGCGAGCGGGAAGCUCAUCGUCUGGGAUCUUACCUCUGGAGUAUGCUUGCUUUACAAAGAAGUCCACUACGGCGAAAUCAGCUGCCUCGUGUUUUCGCACGACGACGGCAUGCUGUUCAGCGGCGGGCACGAUAGCAGGAUACUAGGCUGGCGACUGAUUGAUCUCGUGAGAGCGCAGUCGCGAUAUGAAGAGCUGCAGCCUGUUUGUAGCUCGAAUCAGCAUAAGCUGCCCAUCACUGGACUUGCUUGCGGGUAUGGAAGUUCGCUCGAGGCUAGGCUUUAUAGCACCGCAGCUGAUGGAACCUGCAUGGUCUGGAAUGCGUCUGAUUUACGCCUCUACACCACCUACGUCUUUAACGGCACAGGCACAUGCCUCGCCCUCGACCCCGCCGAGCGCGCAAUCUACGUCGGCACCGACUCCGGCUCCAUCAUCCACAUCGACCUCUACCGCUCCUCCAACGACGGCACAGGGCUAGAAUACAACGGCGGUCUGCAACGAGUCGUCAACGUCGAGUCGGACGCGUACGCGCGGUUUGAUUCGCAUUCUGCUAAAGUGCUCUCGCUCGACUUGUCGUUCGACGCCACGCAGCUCGUGUCGGGGGGUGAAGACGGCGUUGUGCUGUUGUGGGAUAUUUCGUCGCAUCAGAUUAUGAAGAAACUCGGACCCGCGAAAACACCGGUAUUCUACGUCAAAAUUCAACAAUCCCUCCCCGCCACAAAAUACUUCCAACUCGAGUCUCUGAAAUUCAGCUUCGACCAGCAAUUCGAACGAAACCACAACUCAUGGUCUCUGCCUACUCCUUUUUCCGCGCCAAACGUGUCUAUUACCCAGUUAGUCAACCAACCGUCUGGUCCUGAUCACGAGCAGUUUAUCAAAACUCAGCCGAACGCUAUCGUGCCUCCUGGCUUUACGGGGUCACUUAAACCUUCCUCGCAACGGAAACCGACACAGACUAAAUCAGACACAGACAAGAAUACACCAACAACACCAUCCACAACAGACGAGUCAACACAACUCCCCUCCUCCGAACAAGACAAGAAAGAGAUCGAAGAACUAAAGGCGAAGUUACAGACUAUGACCGGGGCAUACAACCAACUCUGGGCAAAGUUCUCUGAAAAGUCAAGUAAAUAAGUAAAUCUUAGCGACUACAUAUUGGGUUUCUGUGUAUUGUCUUUGCGUUGGGGUUACUUUUCUUUCUUCUACAUUGGGGUGGUCGUUAGAGACUGUAUGAUAGUAUAGAUGGUUAUUGUUGUAUUGUAAUAAUAACUCAAAAGUCCUUCGUUCUUUAUCGUUCUUCUAUUUCACUGUAGUCUAUAAACAUCAUCAUCAUUAUUAUUUCACUGUAGUCUUCAUUGAUAUCUUGUAGUCUUCAAUGAUAUCCUA